AUGUUCGUGUCUCGCAGACGACGAAGAGAUGCGAAGGCCAAGCUUGAAGAAGAGAUUCAAGCGAGGCAACGCGCAGAGGAAGGUUUGUCGGUGUGGAAGCAAAAGGCGGAGAACCUUGAGGAUUCGGAAAAGGACUUGAAAGCUCGACUGGAAGUUGCUGAAAAAGAAAUCUGCCGCGUUUCGGAGGAGGCCAAACAGUUGAAAGCAGCCUGUGAGAACCUCAAAACCGAAAAUGGUCAGCUUGCGAAGAGGUGCAGUGACAUUGCACUGGCGAACGACACCCUAAGCGAGGACGUUGAACAGAAGGCGAAAGACCUCCUUGCAUUAAGCAUGGUCCGUGAUGAAAAGGAGAAGGAACUUGGCUUGCUUCGUGCUGACAAAGUGGAGCUCGAGCAUUCCGUGGGUACCUUGAAGGUUUCCCUUCAAAAUGCCAACGAGAGGUUGGAAGAGGUGAAGUCAAGGCUUCUGGAUUCUGAGAAGCUUCUCCAAGACAAAACGAAGGAACUCUUUGACCUGAACGUUGAAGCUGCCACAAUGAGGUCCGCAGCCGACCUUUCGUCGGCAAACGCAGAGAGGGUGCAGUCCAUGAUGCAGGAUCAGAUUGACAAGCUCACGAAGGAAACGGAGAAAAUGGAAAAGCAAAUUAACUUUCAAAACGUACGUCUCUCGCAUGGUGCCAAUGCUGUGUUCUUGCGUAAACCACCUAAUCCACCGCAUGCAUGUCACACAUUGCAGGGUCUGAUCGGUCAACUGACUGGGGAGGUUACUGCGAGGAGAGAGGAAGUCGAUCAGAAGGCAGUCGAGUUGAAGAAUCUGGAGGGGCUAUCACAAAGUGAAUGUGAUCUCAAGGCAGAGAUUACAAGGCUCCGGCGAGAGUUGGCUGAAAGGGAGCAGCUUUUCCGUAAGAAGGAUCUCCUGCUGCAAGAGAUGGAAAAGCGAAUGAAAGUCCUCCACAACAGGCUCAUGUUGUUGAAAGGGAACAUAAGGGUGUUUUGCCGUGUUCGCCCCCUGAGUGCGAAGGAAGGAGAACGGAAUUCUACUGCUAUGGCAGUAAGCAUUCCGGAGAACAACAUUGACAACAAAAUCGCGGUUCAAGGGCAUGAAGGAGAUUUUAAGUUCGACAAAGUUUUUCCGCCUGAAACCACUCAGACGGUUGUGUUUGAAGAGAUCGCUGAUCUGGUUACCAGCGCUUUGGAUGGCUAUAAGGUUUGCAUCUUUGCAUAUGGCCAGACUGGUUCUGGGAAGACUUUUACCAUGUUUGGAGAUACCACAGACGAGGCUCUUCGUGGAGUUAUUCCACGAUCUAUACAGCAAAUCUUCAAGGCCAGCCGUGAAAAGUCCACCAUGGGCUGGGAGUACUCCAUUCAGGUUUCCCUUCUCGAGAUCCACAACGAGUCCAUCCGCGACCUGCUUAAAGGAUUCCACAGCGAUGACGAGGCUACAAGCUCAAAGCCUGAGAAGGGAAGUGCGGCGGCAAAAAAGGCGGAGCUCUCUCUCUACAACAUCAUUCAUGAAAAGGAUGGCAGCACGACAGUGGUUGGGCUCAAAGUUGUCACUGUGCAGUCUGUGGAGGAUGCAGCUGAAAUUUUUGCGCAUGCACACAAAAAGAGGUCUGUUGCAAGGACAGACAUGAACGAGGAGUCGUCACGUAGUCAUGCGGUCUUCACUCUCAGGCUGAAUGGCAGGAAUCGGGACACUGGCGAGACAACACAUGGCAUCCUCAACUUGAUUGAUCUGGCAGGAAGUGAGAGACUUAAGAAGUCGAAUGCAACCGGAUCAACACGGACAGAGUCCAUAGCAAUCAACAAGAGCUUGAGCUCCCUGUCCCACGUCCUCGAGGCAAGAGCGAAGGGGGAACUGCCGCGAUACCGUGAUGGGAAGUUGACCUACCUCCUCCAGAAAUCAAUCGAGAAGGAGUCGAGGACGCUCAUGUUCCUCAACAUUUCACCAGACAGCUCAUCAACUGAUGAGACCUUGGGGUCGCUCAAGUUUGGUGCCAUGGUCAAUUCCUGUGACCUUGGAGUUGCAAGCCGAGACAUUAGAAGUCUGGAUUCUGAAGCUGAGGAACGACCGAGGCGCGCAAGCAGCAUCAGCAUCUACCCUGGUGGCAAGAAGAACAGCUAG